AAAUUUCAAUAUACGCGGAGUUUUAGAAUGGAUAAGAGAGCAAAUAUCAAGAGAUAAUUUUGGAGAUUAUGAACUCUUAUUUCUGACGCCAACUGCAUUAUCACCGACUAAAUCAUCAAAUAAACCACUGAGUGAAUCACCAAUUAAAUCGUCAGUUGAACCAUCAACUGAACCACCUAAAAAAUUUUCAUCAGCUCCCGACAGUAGAUUAAACAAAUUGUUGAAUCAUUAUCAAUUUGCAUACUACUUGAAAGAAAUCUGUGAUAUCAUUAAGGCGAAGGAAAAUGAUUAUCCGUUAUAUAAUGCUAAAGAUGGUAAACCAGCUAAAUUUCCACUUGAAAUCUAA